GUCACGCCGCCCGCGCUCCGCCCCCCGCUCCUGCUCCCGGCGCCGCCACCUCGGCCCGGCGCGGGCAGGCGCGCACGGUGCAGCCAUGGAGCCGGAGUGCCGGGUGCUCUCCAUCCAGAGCCACGUCGUCCGCGGCUACGUGGGCAACAAGGCGGCCACCUUCCCCCUGCAGGUUUUGGGAUUUGAAGUUGAUACGGUGAACUCUGUCCAGUUUUCAAACCACACAGGCUAUGCCCACUGGAAGGGUCAGGUGUUGAAUUCUGAUGAGCUUCAUGAACUCUACGAAGGACUUAAGCUGAACAAAGUCAACCGAUACGAUUAUGUGCUCACAGGGUAUACAAGAGACACAUCAUUUCUUGCAAUGGUGGUGGAUAUUGUCCAGGAGUUGAAGCAACAGAAUUCUAAUCUCGUGUAUGUGUGUGAUCCAGUGAUGGGUGACAAGUGGAAUGGAGAAGGCUCUAUGUAUGUGCCCAAGGAUCUCCUGCCAGUCUACAGGGACAAAGUUGUACCUGUUGCAGAUAUAAUCACUCCUAACCAGUUUGAAGCUGAGUUGCUCACAGGGAGGAAGAUUUACACAGAAAAAGAUGCACUGGAGGUAAUGGAUAUGCUCCAUGCCAUGGGACCAGAGACUGUGGUGAUCACAAGCUCAGAUCUACAGGCACCUCUAGGAAAUGACUACCUGAUUGCUCUGGGAAGCCACAGAAAAACUAAAGCAGAUGGUACCUGGAUAACACAAAGAAUUCGGGUGGAGUCUCCUAAAGUGGAUGCUGUCUUUGUUGGAACAGGAGACUUGUUUGCUGCUAUGCUUCUGGCAUGGACACACAAGCACCCAAACAAUUUGAAGGUGGCAUGUGAAAAGACUGUGUCAGCCAUGCAGCAUGUUCUGCAAAGGACCAUUAAGAGUGCAAAAGUGCAAGCUGGAGAAGGAAACAAACCAAACUCAGCCCAGCUGGAACUGAGAAUGGUCCAAAGCAAAAAGGACAUAGAAAACCCAGAGAUCAUAGUGAAAGCCACCGUGUUAUAAAGGCUCCACGUCUCCAAUAACGCACAAUGUAUCGAUGUCCUCAUUUCUUUCCUGUAAAUUGUAAUAUUUGCCUUAGAUCUGUGACAGAAACCUGACUUUCAUGAAAUAGUGCCCAGCAUAGGCAGAUAUCCACUCUCAAACAUAUGUGCUGGCCUUGCUCAGUUUUAAAAACAGAACAGUUAGUGUGCAUUGAAGCAUAUUCCCAAGUAUCCCAAUGUCUGUCAGAUUCACUUAGUCUGUGUGAUUACCCAGGGCAAGAGAGCAAUGUUCCUGCCUUGCCAAAGACUGUAGAUGUGAAUUUGCUAAUGGAAUGCUUGACUGACUGGAAAAUGUAUUUCAAGAUGGCAUCUAGUGCCAAUGGAGCUGGCUCCAUGCUCCCUUUUCCUGGAGGUACCUGGUUACCUACUCUGGUAUUCAGUAUCUCAGCUCCUAUGAAACUAAGCAGGGUUAAAGCUACACACACAGUUCUGCUUGUGUGUAGGGGUACUUAGAAGAUGUUUGGCAUGUUCAGUACUCUGAAGUGACCUUGAGGUGUCAUUCAUGUUGCUGAUCUCUGCUCCUGUUUCUUGUCCAUGAGCAGCUGCACACUUUUUGUUGUCGCAGGUUCCAGCUGCUUAUUUCUCAUGUCCAUGGGUGCCCACGUGAUUUUCCUCCAGAAGCUGCUCCAGAAACAUCUUCAUGAACAAGAUCAUGCCUUUAUUCAGUAGCACUGGUUAGAAGUGUGGCCUCUGAGGCCAGGUUUGAUUUUCUUUUAACUAAGGGCAAAAGAGAAAGCAGCUCUUACCCUGGUAGUUGGCUGCCUUGGUUUGUUCAUCGUGGGUGGAUGUACUUAAAAACUACAUGGGCACUUCAUUUCACAUUAGUGAGCUCUGCUGGCAGCUCAGCAAUGAAGCAAUGUGGGAAAAGUAGUAUUUUUGGUUUAGUAAGAUCUGGUCAGUUACACAUCUUUACCAAAUGCAGUGAAAUAGAAAAAUUAACUUGUUCAUAAAUGUUUCUGCAAGCAACAUCAAUUAGAGAUUACAGAAAUACAUCAUAAUUAUUAUUAAUGCACAAUUCUGCUUGAUAAAGCUUCAGAAUGGGAUUUUUUAAUCCUAUGGAUCACAGCCACAUACUAAAGCAGCAGGGCAGGUCUGCUGACAGGUAUUGGUCACUCACACUUCCAUAGGAUCUUUCUAUGGGAUCCAUGUUCUUGCUUGUCCCAAGAUAAAGUCCAGUGUGAUGUUAAAUCCAGAUGGAGUUGAUGAGCUUUACUUGUCUCAGACUGCAUGAGGGGAUGGAAAUUGCAUUUCUGAUUGAUUUCCUCUCCUGCAUUUGGCAUCGAAAGUGAAAAAAAUCACAUUACUUGAGAAUUUAAGGGAAAAAAAAA